AUGUUGGUAGUCCUCAAUAAGUGUGAUUUGUUACAUGAAAAUCAAAGGGACGAAUUAAUUCAGAAGAUGAAAAAGCGUAUCCUAAAAACGUUGGAGAAUACAAUUUUUAAACAGUCGGAAAUUGCAGAAAUUUCAGCUGCUCCUGGUGGUGUUCAGGUAGAAUUUACAUCUGAACAACGUACAAACAAUUCACAAGAAAUUAAAAAUCUAAUCUCUUUAUUGGCACGAUCAAUACAUGAUCCAACUGAGAAGCGUAAUAAGUUGAAAGAUAUAGGUUUUGUAUUUGCUGUGGAUCAUUGUUUCACAAUUACCGGACAAGGUACCAUUCUUACUGGAACUGUGCUAUCUGGGACUACAAGUGUUGGUCAAACCAUUGGUUUACCUUAUCAACGAAUUCAAAAGAAGAUUAAAUCUAUUCAAGUAUUUCGUCAACCAGUUCAAUCAAUCGGACCAGGUGAUCGUGCUGGUAUUUGUGUAUCACAAUUAGAUUCAAAUUUAUUAGAACGUGGUCUUAUUGGUGAUAUAACUUCAACAGAGAAUUUAAUUCCAUGUUAUGCAUGUAUAUUAACUUGUAUUAAAAAAGUAUCCUAUUUUAAAUCAUCUAUUAAAAGUCAAUCACGUUUACAUAUAUUUAUUAGUCAAGAAACUGUAUUAAGUAGUUUAACAUUUUUUACUAAAAUAAAAUCGGAUAAACAUUUAAAUGGUAUAGAAAAUUCAAAUGAAUUUGAUAAAACAACAAUGUACCAGUAUGUUGAUGAGAUUUCUAAUGAAACAGAUGAUAAUCUUUAUGUAUUAUUGGAAUUUGAACAUCCAGUUAUUUGUCCAAUGAAUGGAUUAGCUAUUGGCGCUAAAUUAGAUACAUAUUCAAUAACUAGUUGUCGUAUCGCUUUACAUGGACGUGUUUUAGUACAAUUAAAUGAUCCAAAUUAUAAAUCAAAUUAUUUAAGUAAAUUACUUGUAUGUAAAUCUAAAACUCGUCGUGGUCAACUUGAACGAAUUGUUAAUCCACGAAUGUGUAUUGUUCAUGGCUUAUUUAAACGUGAAACGAAUUGGGAAAUAUUUGUUGGUUUGCGUGCUUAUUUAAUUAUUAAAUCGCAUGAAGAUUCUUCUGAUCAUAUUCAUCGUAUAUAUGGUUAUAUUGAAUCUAGUUUUGGUCAAAGCGGAAAAUGUCGUUUAGCUCUAGAAAAUGAUCUACCUGAUGAGAUAUUGGCACAGUAUUCUUCAAAAGCUGGCAGAAAACAAAUAUCACAACCGAAUAUUGAAGUUAUACUUGAAUUCAAAAAAAAUAUAUUUGAUCCACAACGUCGUGUUAUCCAAUAA